AUGGCUAAUUUACACAGAAAACUAAUAUUUCAUUUUUACAGGGGACUUUAUUUCUCAGCAGUCAUCCUAACCAGGCUAUGCGUUUGCUCUGAGUUCAUGAAUCAGUUCAAUAAGGAUCCUGAGAGCUUCCCUGUGGCCACCAGCGGGGAACCAUUUCCUUGGCAUGAGUUGAGGCUCCCUCUCACCAUCACACCCCUACAGUAUGAACUCCUAAUCCACCCAAAUCUCACUUCCUUGGACUUUGCUGCCUCUGAGGAGAUUGAGGUCUUGGUUAGGAAAGCCACUCAGUUUAUCAUCUUGCACAGCAAAGACCUUGAAAUCCUGAAUGCUUCUCUUCACUCUGAGGAAGAUUUGAGGUACAGGAAACCAGGGAAAAAGCUUACUGUUCUGAAUUAUCCUGCUCAUCAACAAAUUGCACUGCUGGUCCCAGAAGAACUUGCUGCUGACACGAGAUACUAUGUGGCUAUUGACUUCCAAGCCAAGUUAGCUGAUGGUUUUGAAGGGUUAUAUAAAAGUACCUACAGAACUCUUGGUGGUGAAACAAGAGUAAUUGCAGUGACCGAUUUUGAACCAACUCAGGCACGUAUGGCUUUCCCUUGCUUUGACGAACCCUUGUUCAAAGCUAACUUUUCAGUCAAGAUAAGAAGAGAGAGAAGGCACAUCUCUCUAUCUAACACGCCAAAGGUUAAGACAAUUGAACUUGAAGGAGGACUCUUGGAAGAUCACUUUGAAACAACUGUUAAAAUGAGCACUUAUCUUGUAGCCUAUAUAGUUUGUGAUUUCAACUCUGUGAGUGGUACAACCUCAUCAGGUGUCAAGGUGUCUAUUUAUGCAUCCCCAGACAAAUGGAGUCAAACACAUUAUGCUUUGGAUGUAUCGUUGAAGCUGCUUGACUUUUAUGAAAACUACUUUGAUAUCAAAUAUCCAUUACCAAAGCUGGAUCUGGUUGCCAUUCCUGACUUUGAGCCUGGAGCCAUGGAAAAUUGGGGCCUCAUCACUUAUAGAGAGACAUCGUUACUCUUUGAUCCUAAGACUUCUUCUGCUUCUGACAAGCUGUGGGUUACCAAGGUCAUAGCCCAUGAAUUAGCACACCAGUGGUUUGGCAACCUAGUUACAAUGGAUUGGUGGAAUGAUAUUUGGCUCAACGAAGGUUUUGCAAGAUACAUGGAGCUUGUCUCUAUAAAGGCUACAUAUCCAGAACUACAAUUUGACGAUUCUUUUUUGAGUGUAUGCUUUGAAGCAGUUCAAAAAGACACAUUGAACUCAUCUCGCCCUAUCUCCAAUCCAGCAGAAACUCCUACUCAAAUACAGGAAAUGUUUGAUGUGGUUUCCUAUAACAAGGGAGCUUGUAUUUUGAAUAUGCUCAAGGAUUUCCUGAGUGAGGAGAAAUUCCGGGAAGGAAUAAUUCACUACCUAAAGAAGUUCAGUUACAGAAAUGCUAAGAAUGAUGAUUUGUGGGAUAGUUUGUCAAAUAGUUGUUUAGAAGGUGAAUUUACAUCAGGUGGAUUUUGCUAUUCUGAUUCCAAGAAGGCAGCUAAGUACACACUCAACUUCCUGGCCAAGAACUUUGAAGUCAAAGAGAUGAUGACUACAUGGACUCUCCAGAAAGGAAUCCCCCUUGUGGUGGUUAAGCAAGAAGGGAAUUCGCUCAGAUUGCACCAGGAGCGCUUUCUCAAGGGCGUUUUCAGAGAGGAUCCUGAAUGGGGGGCCCUGCAAGAAAGGUACCUUUGGCACAUCCCAUUGACCUACUCCGUGAGUUCCUCUACUGCAGUUUACAGACAUAUUCUAAAGUCAAAGACAGACAUUCUGGAAUUGCCUGAAAAACCCAGUUGGUUGAAAUUCAAUGUGGAUUCAAAUGGCUACUACAUUGUUCAUUAUGAGGGGCAUGGAUAGGACCACCUAAUUGCACAGUUGAAUCAGAACCACACUCUUCUUAGACCUAAGGACAGAAUAGGUCUAAUUCAUGAUGCAUUUCAACUGGUCAGUGCAGGAAGGUUGAGCCUUGACAAAGCCCUGGACCUGACUCGCUAUCUCCCCCAUGAAACAAGCAGCCCUGCGAUUCUCAAAGGCCUGAGACACUUAGAAUUGUUCUAUUACAUGAUGGAGAGAGGGAAUAUCUCAGAUGUCACUGAAAACCUCAAGAGGUACCUUCUCCGGUAUUUUAAGCCAAUGAUUGACAAGCAAAGCUGGAGUGACGAGGGCUCGAUCUGGGACAGGCUGCUUCGCUCAGCUCUCUUGAAGUUGGCCUGCGACCUAAACCAUCCUCCUUGCAUCCAAAAGGCAAAGGAACUCUUUUCUCAGUGGAUGGAAUCCAGUGGAAAAUUAAACAUCCCAGCAGAUGUUCUAAAGAUUGUGUAUUCUGUGGGUGCUCGGACAGCAGAAGGAUGGAAUUUCCUCUUAGAGCAAUAUAGACUGUCGAUGUCAGGAGCUGAAAAAAACAAAAUUCUGUAUGCAUUGUCGACCAGCAAACAUCAGGAAAAGUUAGUGAAGUUGUUAGAACUAGGAAUGGAAGGAAAGGUUAUCAAGACCCAGGAUUUUGCAACUCUUCUCCACAUGAUUGCCUGGAAUCCAAAGGGGCAGCCACUGGCCUGGAAUUUUGUAAGAGAAAAUUGGACCCAUCUCCUCAAAAAAUUUGACUUGGGUUCAUUUGCCAUAAGAAUGAUUCUCUCUGGCACAACAUCUUAUUUUUCUUCCAAAGAAAAGUUACAAGAGGUGAAACUUUUCUUUGACUCUCUUAAGGACCAUGGAUCACACCUGGAUGUUUUUCAAAUUGUUCUGGAAACCAUAAGCAAUAAUAUUAAAUGGCUAGAGAAGAAUCUUAACAGUCUGAGAUCUUGGCUACUGGUUAAUAUAUAA